GGUCGUUCAUCGGAGGCCGGCAGAUAAAGGGAGGACCAGAUAAGAUAAGAGGUCCGGCAACUUGUUUUCGGCUGAUUAAGAGUCAAAAUGACUUUUAUCGGAAAGUGAAGAAAUAUCGAAAUCUCGUCCUAUAUUUUCAUCACCACCAUUAAUCGCGACGAUGCCUCCCAAAAGACCCCUUAAAAGACGCAGCGAAGACGAAGGCCGAAAACAGACAAAGCGCACAGGCAAAAACAAACGCGAGCAGACUUACGAUACUUAUGAUGAAGCCUUGGACGGUGGAGUGGAGAUGGAGGAGAAGGGCGAGAGGUAUCGCGAUGGCGACAAGGCUCAAAGGUUCUACGAACGAGCUGUAGAACUUUAUGCAAAGGCCUCAGAGCUUGAAGAGACUUACGACGCUACGUACAAUCGUGCUCGAGCUCUCUACACCCUUGCUACCAACUUUCUCCUCCCUCCCUCUUCCCUUCCUCUCCUGCGCGAAUCCAUCACCCUUUACCAGCAUGCCACUACCCUCAGCAAUUCCCCCCUCUUGCUCAUGGAUGUCGCUUUCAAUCUUGCACAGACGUUCACUACUUUGGCCGACAUCAUGGAUGACUUGCGAACUGCUGACGAUGCCGAGAAGGACGACGCAGUUUUAAAAUUGCGAAAUGAUGCCAAGGUCACUCUAGCGGAGGUUAUGGACGGUCAAGAAGCGUACCUUAGGACCGUCGCUGCUCAAGGCGGAGAGGAUACAGAGGAAGCGGAAGAGGUUGUGGAGCAGAUAGAAGGCGGAGCAGAAAAUCAAAGUGUGGAAGUUGAUGCGGAAGACAAAGAAGAUGACGAAGGAGGCGGUAACACGUCGACUUGGGAGACUCAUCUUCCCACGCCAUCUACAUAUAUAGACACCGUGCUUGCCCUUAUCGAUCUUCACCUAUUAUUAUGGGAAUCUACACCGACUCCUCAGCCGCCUACCGAAGAAGAGCAGAUCGCAGUCCGUGUCAUUCUUGACCGAGCUGCUUCCAUUGCGCCCACUGGACGCCAGGCUGAACUCGACCUCGCUGAGAUUAAGGUCCUUCUUGCUAUGGACAGGAUCAUUUGGGACAUGUAUAAAGGAGAAGCCAAUGCUGUAUCUGGGAUUGGAAACUCGUUGGAUGGGGCUAUAACUGCCAUUGGUGCUGUUCUUACAAGUCUUGAUUCUGUUCCUGCUGAGGAUAGCACCGUCCGCCCAGAAAUUCUCACAACAUUGGCCGACACACACGUAACAAUUGCAAAUCGUCUCAUAUUUCUUAACAUGCAGCUUCCCCCUGGUCCAUCACCCCUUGCUCAGACCGCUUGGGCUCAUUUGACCCAAGCUACAGCUCACUUAAUCUCGGCUGUUGACUCGCCAACGGACGCGAACACCCCGAGGGAGUUUAAACCUUCAGUCUUCCUUUCUUUGUCGAAGGUUAGCUUGGCAAGGGCAAAACUGGCCUCAAUCAAUGAUACUGCUCAGCGAAAUGUUGUACAGCUGUUUGAUAAUGCCACAACGUAUGCCAAUCGCGCAGGCGAGACCCUUGGUUGGAGGUUCUUGCGACUGGGCCCAGCUCCACCCUCGGUGGGUGGAACACUCAGCAUCGGUGGUGGUUCUAUCGGUGGGAAAGAUCUUCCUUACCCAUCAGGAUGGGAUUCUGAGCUGCUUGGGCGAAACAUAGCGCUGCAGCAGGUGCGCGUUUGUCUGUAUGCUACUCGCACAGAGCUGUUGCCGGCUGAGUCGAAAGAGCAGUACCAAGAAGGCCUCAAUAAAGUUCUAGAAAAGUUGGGCAAGGUGGAAGAGGGAGAAAGGAAAAUCACUGGGAAGGAUGUGGAGAGGUGGCUCGGCGAAAUGGAGGACGAGGAGGAUGCUUUUGGUGAGGUAGAGAAAGGAUGGUGGACCGAAGUCACCGCGGGGCUGUAGCUCGUAUGCCGUUCGAUUGCAGUCACCAUCAUUUAUUAUGUAUAUCCAACUAGACAUUUGCAAACUACGAGGUCAAGAUCGUGCUUCCCGUCAUAUAAUCUUGAAUAUGCAUAAAACAUGAAA